AUCCGAGUGCAUUGAUUUUGUAUGCAUGGCCUGGUCCUCCCUAUCCGACACUCCUGCAUGGUGCUGAUUAUGAUUCGAUCUCUUUCUUUAUUUAUUUCUUGAUAUUUUUCUUUAUCUUUCGUAAGACUCUCUCUCUCUCUCUCUCUCUCUUCCCCCUUUUCUUUUUCCAAUUUCAAUCAAAUUCAUUUUAUUAAUUUUAUUUUUUUAUUUUUUCCUCUUGUGGGCGGCGACCGGUCAUCAUCGCUGAACAUAUCACCAUACAAGGGGUGCUGCUUCACCUUAAAGUUAUUGAAUUUGUAUGCACUAGGUGAAAUCCAAAUGCUUCAGGGUCCAAAGUCGCCAUACAAUAUCUAGAUAGAGAUCAUUGAUCAGCGGGUGAUCAUGGAACGUCAUGAUAAUGGUGAUGAAAAUAAUAAUAAAAAUAAUGGCGGAUUAUCUGCAUCCUCCCUUGCCGACUCGAGAGCUUCGAGUGAAGGAUCAACAUCAUCAUCCUCAGACAUGGAGGACGAUGCAUCUUCACCAAAUUCAUUUUCUUUUUCAUCCGCACAUUCCAGUGGACCAUUGUUUGAAUUGUCGGAGCUCAUGGCCCAACUACCCAUCAAGAGAGGACUUUCCAAGUACUUUGAAGGCAAGUCUCAGUCUUUUACUUCUCUUUCAAGGGUGAUGAGCUUAGAAGACCUAGCAAAGAAGGAAACUCCUUAUAGAAGAAAAAUGAAGCCAUGCAAGAGCUAUGGGGGAGGCUUGGAUAACCACAAACCAUACGCUACCCUUCCCAAGGCAACCAUUUCUAAGAAGGCAUCUAGAUCCAGGUUCUCUGUCUCUUACAAGAAGAAGAGGAAUCGAAGUUUCUUGGCUAUCAGUAGGCCCCUCCAAUCCCUGUGCAGAAGAACUUUUGAUCUGUAAUGAAACCUAUUAAAAGCAUGAUCUGGCCGGGGAAACACAUUGUUUUAACUCGAGGUUAUAUAUUUAGGGUAAGGAGCAGAUGUAUUCAGAAAAGCUCCACUCCUCAUGUACAAAAACAAUAAUACUGAGUGCCUGCCUUUUGCGGCUGUAA